UUCGUCACCUUUUGCGAGGCGAGCGAGCGAGCGAACGAACGUUUAUCUGAAACGUUAUUUUUCUAUUAGUCGGGAGAUAAAUACGAGCAUAACAAAAGGUGGUUUUGGAUGAUAAUGGUAGGAUGGACUACACGCUGUGUGUAUACAGUGGUUGAUACACAUACGUAUCACGAGCGACGUAUGUCACUAUUAUUAUACAUAUACGUACAUACGUGCGCGAGAGAUAAGCUCUCCCGUACCCGCGAGGCGCGCGAGCACGCAGACCGCGUGUGCGUGUGCACGUGCGUCGCGGAGGAUCGAUUAUGUUUAACAGGCACACAUGCCGAGCACAGACACACGUAUACAUCCAUACACAGACACCUCUCCUUCGAUAUUACACACACACACACACACACCACACACGACGUGCAUGUAUGUGUGCGUAUGUAUAAUAACGCAAUAAAAUUAAUACUACAUUAAAAGUCAUUCAGUCGUGUGUUUGAUCUUUUCUCCUUUUCUUUUCCCUCUUUAUCUCCACGUGCUUUCUCCCGGCGACAAAAAAAUUUGGGUCAUCGAAUCGGAUUCAAUUGCCUCGGGAAAUCAAGGAAAUCGUGCUAUCGAUUCAAUUAAAGUUUCAAAAAGUUCCCGAUUUUUUAUCUCGCGUCGCCCGGCUCAUCGCCAGUUGAUUGCAUUUCGCAUUUCUCUCUCUCUCUCUCUCUCUCUCUUUUACAUUUGUACGAUCGGUCGUCUCCCGCCGCUAGAUGUCUUCGCGUUUUCUCCACACGAGCGAGUCGCGUUGUUAUGGCUGACUAUGGCACUAUGAAAAUAAUCGCUGUCUCCCGCGACUCGUCGCAACGAUUAAUCAACGAUCGCUUGAAGGAGUACUUUGAUCAUGGAUCCAGGACGCUGCGACGCCAACGUCUACGAUCUCGUCACGCAGUUGGUCAGGCACACGUUGCGAAGGAAUCGCGCCGAGGAUGAGAAUGCCUAUAUGCCGCCCGUGAGCGACGUCAAAACAGUAAAGAGUUUUCGCUCAAGGGCUUACGAGAUACUGUUAAAUAAGAGUAACAAGACAUACAGUCAAGAGAACACAGCAGAUUCUGAGAUUGAUCCUCUGGUGGAGAUAUUGAAGCAUGCUUUUGUAUUGAAAUUGUCUCUAAGACGCGUGUCGGAGGCGAAAGAAUUAGAAAAUUUGAUAAACGAGCUGUAUGCUCGGGAGGAUAACUUGGAAGUUGUGACUCCUGUUUUACAAUUGCUGAUAGAACUUAAAAGCUUUCAUACUGAUAUAGGAACCUCACUGGAUGUAUUUCAUUAUGGCAAAAACAAUCCCUUCCUGCCCGAGGAUAUUAUGUGUACGAAUGGUGUCCCGAUGUUUCAAACAUAUCCUAUGGAAUCCUUUUUCCUACCAAACAGGUUUGAGGCCAUGCUGGGCAUUCGUCGAACCUGUACUAGGCAGGAUACAUCAACUAAUUUUGUUAGCAGAAUAUCUUUCGAAGAUCAAUAUGUAUCAAAAUCCAUAUUAGGAAUUCAAACAAUUAGAUAUAAUAAUACUAUUAAAACUCCCAGCAUAUCAAACUAUAGUGAGAAUACAGCAAAACAAUGUAAUAUGAUUAUUCCCUUCUCAAAUAUUAUGAUUGAGCAAACAAAUAAGCUAUAUUUAUCUACACAAAGAUUUAUGUCAAAUAUGACUUUACCCUGCGAAUGGAUAAAACCUAUAGAUAAUCAAAAUCGUUCGUAUGCUGUGCCGUCGGACUCCAAUUGUAAUUUUAUGAACGAAUCAAAAAGUGUUGGAAGCGAUGUUGAUUUAAUAUGGAAAGAAAUGCUUUCCGGCGAGCCUGUGUCCAAGUUACGCACGUGGGAAUCUCUUGGAGCACCAGAGUGUUACAAACAACCGCUAUUUGUCACAGAUCUGCCGGAGAGCGCGUUACACUUAGCGAGGAUAAGACAAACAAGUAUUUUAUCACUGCUGCCAAAAAAGGCAAUGCAUUCCAUAUCCUUGAUGCAAGAAGUUCCGCUUGAGAAAUUCUUGUCGGAUGUUAAAUUGUUGUUAUUUGGUAUAGAUUCAGAUUCCUUUAGAUACGAUAGUCUGACGGGUUUUAGACUGGAAGGAAAUAUUACUGUGCACGGCAUAAGUUUCGAGAUAUUGGAAGCCACUUGCCAGGACGCGAUUUGCUGGGGCAAUAGUUUCAGAUCCUUAUCGCACCUCGUCACACCCGACUCUCAAACGGGUAAAUUGCAACAGGAUGGCCUCAUAUUUAAGGCGAUGUGCAGCAACAUCAAAGAACUUCUUCUGUACUAUCGCUCGGCGUUGCAAAGGAUUCUUAACCGGCACGAAUUUCGCGGAUUGUUGAAUCUGUUUAAAUAUAUUCGUCCGCUUGCAUAUUUGAUUGUGGAGGUCGCGAGGCUGUGUGGUUGUAACACCGAUCAGUGCAUCUUGGGCGGUGGAAGUGGAAUUCUCACGCACAUUUACAAAGAAGUAACCAAGGUCACCAAUCCGAAAGUCGCGUUGGUGCUUUAUUCCAUAUUAAAAUCGUGCUGUGAGGUUUACUUUCGAUUAUUACAAAAUUGGUUGUUCGAGGGAACGUGCGAUGACGUUUAUGGAGAAUUUAUGAUUCAGGUACGAUCGCACUAUCUGCGGAAAAGAGGACGCAAGUUUUGGACAGAAAGUUUCGCAAUCGAUACCGAAUCGGUACCUGGUUUCUUGUCCGAACUGUCGGAGUCGAUACUGCAAUGCGGAAAGACGCUGCGACUUUUAAAAAUUUGCAAUCCGAAGAAUCCCGUAUGCAAUGUUUCUUUCAAUGCUCAACCGGAAGUGAGGGUCUGCCUGAGCGUGUCCAUGUUGCGAGAUCAGUUGCUGAGAUGUCAAGAAUACGAAUGCAAAGGCGAAGCGGCGCUGGGACCAGUUGUAUCUCUUUUAUCCGCGAUUCAGGAUGAAAAGAAAACGGAGAGGGAAACGGCCGAACUCGUGAUUCGCGCACAACAGGAAACGCUAUCAAGACUGGACAAGCAACGUAAAGAGCUUAUCAUGAAGGCCGCGCAGAGUAAACGGGAAUUACUGCAGGAAUUGAAGCAACAGGCGGAAGCGAGUGCCUUGAUAAAAGAAAGGGAAAAGGAGAUCGAAUUGUUAGCUGAUAAAUUGUUGCUGGAAAAGAUUAAUCGAGAGCAGGAAGAAAUGCGUGAGCAACAACAGAUCGAGCGGGAACAUCUUAUAAAUUACUACGACAGAUUAGGUGCUGAUGUAGAGAGGAAUCGUGCGCGAUCCAUUUGGCGAAAAACGAGAAUGAGCCAUUUCGAAAGACGAGUAGAAUUCUUGAAAUCUGUAAAGAGACUUGAUGAAGAAAAUGUUGGCGCGCUAAGUUUUGAUGAAAAUAUAAUCGGUACCGAUGAAAAUAUUGUUGAUAUUGACGAACGAAAUAAAAACACCAUUCCCGAAGAGGAAACGGUAUCCGAUCAAGAUGAAAAUAGUAAUUUUGCAGAAAACGAAUCGUCAGACAUAGCUGUAUCAGACGUUUCUGAUCAGAUGAAUUCUGAAAAAAAUCUUGUGACUACUGUAGAUUCGGAUGUUCCGCCUAUUGAAAGUCGUGAACCCGCUAAAGAUACUGAAUCAAAAGAAACUACGAUAAAUGAAAAAUCCUUCAAAACAACGGAUACACAGAACAUAGAGUUGCCGCAAAAAUCUUUAUCGUUAGAUUAUAAAAUCUACAAGAAGAAUAACGAGAGAAGUAAUCUGCAGGAUUUCCUGCGUGAUGAAGCAAUGAAAAACAUCAAUACUAUUAUGAAUGGCAAUAGCAAAAAGACGAGUGCGUUCGAUAGUCGUUUAAAUAAUAUUUUGGAAGCCGACGAGGUGACCGAAAGAAUUAUCGGUGCUAUUAAUAGGCCUAAAUCCUUAGCUAUUGAGAAGAUAGAUAACAUGACCACGGCACAAAGCAACAAACUUAAAGUCCUGAUGCAGGAGUACGGUAUGACUCCGAACAACAACGAGUUCAGUACAAUACUCACGAAUAAUCAAAGGAUUAUCAAUUGCACAAAUACUAAUGGCAAUAAUCAGAUACUAAUUGAUACUAUUGACGAAUUGAAUUCAGACGAUAUGAAGGAAAACGUGAAUAACAAUGUUCUUUCCACAAUCAAAUUAUCAGAGGAAACGAUGAACACGCAUGAACCUACGAAUGACGAAGAUUGCUCAAGUAGGACUAACAAUGCAAAUAACGAAGCACGAGAGCCGUUAUCAAAUAAUACGCAGCAGCAGCAGAAUAUAGAUACGCCAAUGUCGUGUACGACCGACAAUCUCACUACAUUAUCGAUGCAUACUCCUUUGUCACAGGUACCAAAUAGCUACGAUAUAUUUGCUAUGAACGCCGGUCAGGAGAUCUCGUCUUUAUCCGAUAUGACAAAGUCGAUCACGGAAGACACAUGCUUCGAAUCUCCGAUGAGCAAUAAUUUCAAAUUACCGAAUCUGUUCGGCAUUAGCUCCGAACUCCGAAAUGUAAAAUCAGCUGCAACUUCGUCUCUUACCAUAGCCGAUGUCGAAAUGAUCGACCAUACAUCGCUCCAAGUGUACUUAGAGAAAUCCAUCAUCAUUCCUCUGCAGAUACAAACACGGCUGGUUAACAAUGCGAUCAUUAAAUAUCUGGUGAACGAGCACAAUAUGCUUUCGCACUUACGCAGUUUACGCAGUUAUUUCUUUCUGCUGAACGGCGAAUUUGCAAAGAGCCUAACGGAUUCUCUUUAUUCGCGACUUUAUACGAUAUCUGCGCCAAUCGAACUCUUCAAUUCCGCCACUCUCACGAACCUCUUGGAAAAGGCGUUGAUGAAUUCAUUUAGUAACAAUUAUGCCAAUUCGGAACUUCUGAGUCUUUCCGCUGUCGACAAACCAUGCCAAUUAUAUAUUUCAGAUCCGAAUGUCUUAGAAUGUCUUUGCCUCAAUUAUAAAGUAUCAUGGCCGUUGAAUAUAAUCUUAGAUGAUACGAUGAUGCUGCAAUACAGCAAAGUAUUCAAGUUUUUAAUCAUGAUUGGCAGGAUGUCGUGGGUGUUGCAGGAAGAUUUUAAUAUAAUGAAGGUGGAGCGUAAUAACAUAGUUAAUUCAGAACAAUAUCACAAGUUACAGUUGUAUAGGCACUCCAUGACCCAAUUCAUGAACGCUCUUCACAAUUAUCUGACAUGUAGCGUGUUGCACGCGAGUUGGAGCGAGUUCGAAAAGGAUCUGCAGAAUUCUCGGACGAUAGAUCAGAUCUAUCUCUCGCACAUGAGCUAUAUCAAAAGAAUACUUUCGAGGUGUAUGCUCAACACACGCGGAGAAAAGAUGCGCGUCUGCUUGAGUAACGUCUUCAAGAUCAUACUCAAAUUUCACAAUCGUCUGAGAUCACAGGCCUGGAUCGUUAGCAGUACGGGUAGGUACAGUCAUCCGAAUUUCAAGAGCUUAGAGCAAAUGUACCAAUCGUUCUGCGAAUGGCGGAUAUACAUGGCACACGUCGCGCACAAACUGGCUACAAGCGGGUAUCAACCGCAUUUAACGCAUUUUCUCAACGCUUUGAAUAUAAAUCACAUGUACGAUUUAACGACGAAACAACAAUAGCACUGUGAUUGAAUUCCGUCGUCCAUAUUCUCUUUUACUAUCAAUGUAUUGAAUGUAAAAGAAUUAUGAGUAAUCUCUCAUUGAUGUCGAAAUUAAAGAUAAUUUAAUUUUCGAAAAAGA